GAGGGCUCCCAGCUUGGAAUUUUGUCCCAAAACCAGAGUACUCCCCCCUUAGAAGGGAUUGGUCACACUUAAUCUCAUUUGCAUUAAGAUGUCUAUAAACCACCCAACCAUUGCUGUUUUCUCAAGCUGCGAGUAGAGCUUGUCAUACAUGACAGUGUGUGCACCGAGAGACAGCAUUUCUCCAUCUGACUUCAGAGAAACAAAAUACAUGUUUACUUGACUACUGUUUACUUUUAAAAAAAUUUGCCUUAAUUGAAGUCACAUACAGCGGGACUUCUUGGCAAGCCAUGAUGGGAGGGACUCCUAGCAGUCGAGUUUUGUGGCAUUGGUGGACAGUGCUUCUCGUCUUUGUGUCACUGCCUUUUCUGUCUACUUUAGCAGUGGGAAUGAUCAUGAAAUAUCAGACUUUUGAAGAGGACGCUUUAUCCACUGUCAUCGGAAACUUGGCCAAGGACAUGUUUUUAAAUCCCUCAGAUGACUCGAAGACCAAUUUCAAAAUGAUGAAGCAGUUCAAUGCAUCUUUUAUUAGACUCCGAGAAAAAGAUGGACAGCUAACAAUUGGAGAACGAAUAGACAGAGAAAAAAUAUGUAAGAAUGCGGUCCAGUGUCUCAUUGCAUUCGAUGUUGUGAGUCUCUCCAAUGAGCAAUUUCAAUUAAUUCAUAUUGAAGUGGAAGUAAAGGACAUCAAUGAUCACGCUCCUGAGUUCCCCAGAAAGGAAUCAACUUUGGAAAUUUCAGAAAACGCAGCACUCGGCACUAGAAUUUCUUUAGAUGUUGCUAUGGACGAGGACGUGGGUUCGAACUACAUUCAAAGCUACAAAAUAUCUGUCAACAGUCACUUCACUAUUGACGUGUUGAGCAGAGCCGAUGGGGUUAAAUAUGCGGAGCUGGUGCUAAUGAAAGAACUAGACAGGGAGACACAAGCCUCCUAUGUUUUGGAGCUUGUUGCAACAGACGGAGGAAAUCCACCAAGGUCCAGCACCACAAAAAUCAACGUCAAAGUAAAAGACUUUAAUGACAAUAGCCCUGUGUUCAGCCAGACCAAUUUUUCUGUUGAUAUACUUGAGGACUCGCCGGUGGGGUUUUUGCUUUUGGAUUUGAACGCGGUUGAUCCAGACGAUGGUUUGAAUGGGGAAGUUGUGUAUGGGUUUGGAAAUCAGGUGCUGGAGAUCCAGCAGCGUUUCAGCAUUGACCGAAAAUCCGGGCAGUUGACGCUCAAGAGCCCGAUUGAUUUUGAGAGCAAGAAAACAUAUGAGUUCGAUAUAAAGGCAUCUGACUUGGGUCCUAAUCCGAGACCAUCCAUCUGUAAAGUUGUUGUUCAAGUGCAGGAUGUGAAUGACAAUGCACCAGAAAUCACCAUUACCCCUAUGACCCCAGUCACUGCGGAAAUUGCAUACAUCACAGAGGCUGCUGCUAAAGGAAGCUUUGUGGCUCUUAUCAGCACUGCAGACAGGGACUCGGGCGCAAACGGACAGAUUCAUUGUACCCUCUAUGGACACAAUAACUUCAAACUCCAGCAAGCCUAUGAGGACAGUUUUAUUAUUGUAACGACAUCUCCACUUGAUAGAGAACAAAUUGCGGAGUAUAACUUAACGGUUGUUGCCGAAGACCUGGGAUCACCUCCCUUAAGAACAUCUAAGCAAUAUACUAUAAGGCUGAGCGAUGAGAAUGACAAUGCCCCUGUGUUUAGUAAACCUGUCUAUGAAGUAUCCUUGAUGGAGAACAAUGCACCAGGUGCAUAUAUCACAACUGUAGUGGCCAGAGACCUCGACUUAGGACAAAACAGUGAAAUCAGCUACGAGCUCCUGGACACCUACAUCAUAGGCUCUCCGGUGUCAACUUUUGUCUCUCUAGAUCCCGCUACGGGCUCGCUCUAUGCGCUCAAAAGUUUCAACUAUGAGGUCCUCAAACAGCUACAGCUACGUAUUCAAGCAAGUGACGGAGGCUCGCCACAACUCCAAGGCAGCGCAAUAAUCAAUCUAAAAAUAGUUGAUCAGAAUGAUAACGCUCCCUCUAUCACACAGCCUCCCCUAAAUAAUGGUUCUGCCGAGGUUCUACUGCCCAAAGACGCGCCUUCAGGUUACGUUGUAACCCAGAUACUUGCUAGGGAUGCUGACGAAGGUGUCAAUGCAGAAUUGUCAUUCAGAAUCUCAGAGGGGGCCUCGAUGUUCUCCAUUAAUAGAGCCACCGGAGAAAUUUAUCUGAAUCGUGAACUAAACUACAAAGAUUACGAGAACUUGAGAAUAACAGUAAGUGUCAGUGACAACGGGAGACCUUUACUAACUACAGUAGUCACUAUCAAUUUCAGCAUCACUGCAGGAUCUCUUCCUAGUGACCGCAGUAUAUUCAGGCACAGAACUGACGAAGAGACAUGGGAAGGGGAUCAUUCAGUUAUUAUAAUUGUGGUACUGGCGGGGAGCUGCGCACUACUACUUUUAGCAAUUAUUCUUAUUGCAACUUCUUGUAAUAAACAAAAGAAGGAUAAUCGAGGCGACAGCCAUUCUGGAAAGGAGGACAUAGUUAAGGCGGACGGAAACCACUGCGACCCACUAAUUCCAAUGCACAGUGACAUUGUGUUUGAUAUUCAGCCUUCUUAUUCAAACAAGCCAAACUUUUCUGGCUUUAUCCAGACAUGCGGCAACAUUUCCUGCAGCUCUGAAGAUGGUACAUGUGUCUUUGAUCUAGAGGACAAAAGCCACGGUGUCAAGUCAGAAGAUUAUUCCAAUCCACCUGGUUAUGGUAAUCCUAUGAGACUGAUUAAAAUAUGGAAAGGCACCUCAACUAUAUCAGCAGGAGAUCCUCAAUUCAGUGGAAAGGACAGUGGGAAUGGAGACAGCGACUACAAUGACAGUGAUUCAGAUAUAAGUGGCGAUGGACUAAGAAAAGGUCUAUGGGCAUGCACAAGCGAGUGCAAGAUUUUGGGCCAUUCAGAUGACUGCUGGUGUCCAACUGCUGCCACGACAAACAGCAAUUUAGCACAUUCCUAUAGGUCAUGUUCACUUCAACGAGACAAUCUCAGGAGGGAAAACUACCACCAAGCCCACAUUCCAAAAACAGACGGACUGCAGAAUGUCUGUGAGAAAGUAAUGCACAGUGAAUAUGACUAUAUAACUAUAGUAAAUUCACCUCAACAAGUCAGAGGACAUGACAUCCCAGUGUAUUCACCAACAGCAACACACUGUUCCACACAUGAAGUGUAAAGUUAACAAAACCUGCAUUACUGACAGCUGUUUAGAGACAGUUUAUUUAUUGUGUGGGCAUGUGCGAAAGUGUGCUGUUCUUAUGAAGAUUUUUUACACAGUCAGCUGACCUUAUAGAGAAUAUUUUGAGUCAUUUUGGAAAAGCUGAGUAUAUUUUUUAUAAUGCCACUGAUAAUUAAACAAAAGAUUACUAAAAUUAUAUUGCCUACUUGAUUUUAAAAGCAUGUUGACAUAUUUUUUUAUAAUUCAAAAUGGCCAUUGUUAAUGAAGUAAACAUUUCUCUGAAUUCAGAAUGUGUAUGUUAUAUAUUUAUUUGUAUAUUAUGUUUGAAAUGUUAAGAAAAUAAAC